AUGCCUAGUGUUACAGUGAGUAUAGAAGAUAUUAUUAAUGAAGAGAAUAGAAAGAAGGUUUAUAAGAUUCUUGAUGAUCUUUAUGUUAAUUCUAUUUUAUUUACCCCUCCAAAUCAACAAACAACUAGAAAUAGUACCAACUCACUACAGAAUAAAAUACCACAAUUACCUGAAUAUAUCAAAUACAUUUGUGUUCAAGCAAGAAUGCCAAAUUUAAUAAUCGAUGACAAACAAUUGGAGUAUUUAGAAGUAGGUGUGUGUAACUCAAUUAUCGAACUUAAAUCAAUAAACAAUUUAAAACAGUUAAAACUACAUGGAGUUAAUAAACUAAAGAUAAAUCAAAUGAACGAAGAACAAGAAAUUACAACAACAAACAACAGAAAAUACUGGAAAGACAUACAAGAAAAUAUAAGUACAUUCCCAAAUCUUGAAGAACUUCAAUUAGUUAGUUGUUCUAAUUUAAAUAUUAGUUUAAUGUCAAAUAAAUUAAAGAGUGUUGAAGUAAUUAAUUGUAGAGAAUGUCAAAUUAAUAUUAAAUCAGAUUGUAUUGAAAGAUUGAAAUUAGAAGGAAAUAAACAAACACAAUUCAAAUUAUCAACAAAUAAAUCAAAUGAUAUUUGUAUUAAAGAAGGUGAUACUUUCACAUUAGAAAUAGAAUCUAAUAAUGAACAAAAUAUUGAAAUAAUAGAAGGAAAACAGAUUAAUGUAAAAUCAAAAUGUCCAAUUAAUAAAUUAAUAAUAGUAGAAUCUUAUGAAGUGAAUAUUACAGGAAAUGAAAAAUGUAAUACAAUGAAAGUAGUUGAAUCUACAAUCAAUGAAAUUGAUAUCAAACCAAAGAGAAUUAUAUUUAAAUUAAUUGAAGAAUACAUUAAAGUAUCAUUGAAAGAAGCAGAAGAGAUAUAUAUUGUAUCAAUGAAAGAAUAUAUCUUUGAAGAAUUAUUUGAUAAAUGUAAGAAAUUAUGUAUUGAUGAAUGUGAGAAUUGUCAAUUCAUAAUCAACAAGAAUCAAAUCAAAGAAAUGAAAAUAACAAAAUGUAAAAAUACAGAAAUCACAGGGAAGUUAGAUAAUAUUGAAGAAAUCAUCACAAUAGAUAAUGAAGAAUGUAAUAUUCCAGAAACAACGAAAGUUAUAAAAGAAGAUACAGAAAUAAUAGAAAUGGAUAAUACAAAUAAAGAUAUAGAAAUAGAAACAGAUAAAACCCAUAUUAUAAUAAGAAAUAUCA